AUGUGGGAUUAUGGUAAGGUUGGUUUAUUAAAAUUAGCCCCAUUAUACACAUUUAAUCACAUGACCCGAGCUUUUUUUGAUGGUGUUGCUGGGGAAGUUGAAGUUUCAAUGAUGACGCUUUUUCUUGAUG